CAGCUCAACCAAACAACAGAGGGAAAGUAACACCACAACUAGUCUCUCUCCCUCGCUUUUUUCUUUCUAUUACUCUCCUCCUCCUUCUUUCUCCGCUAGAAGAGGGGGAGCAAAGAAGAGUUAUCAUAUUGCGAUUUCAAUCUUUAUAUUGGAAUUCUUGUCGUACAGACCAGUGUUUAAAGUUUUAUAAACAGAGGAGAACAAGUCCUGGUCUCGAACAUGACGAAACAGGAUGUGAUGAUGCCGGAGGAGAUGGCCAUCACGGCGGCGACGGCGGCAGGGAAGGUGGCGAACUCGUCCACACAGUUUUUGUUCCCGCCGCCGCGAGGGAAUAGCAGCAGCGUUAAUUAUGCGAGUUAUAAGAGGCUCCUGAGCCAGCUUGAGCUUAACUGUGGCAGUGGGAGGAUCAAUGCAUGGGUCGACUCGAUGAGGUCGUCAUCUCCCACACAUAUCAAGUCGGAUUCUCCGUUCGCAUCCCCGGUCGUAGCCUCUGAUGAUGAAGAGUAUGAGAACUGGAUGAAACAACAUCCGUCAGCGUUGCACAUGUUCGACGAGAUCACAGCUGCAUCGAAGGGGAAGCAGAUUGUGAUGUUCCUCGACUAUGACGGGACCCUAUCUCCGAUCGUCGAUGACCCUGAUCGUGCGUUUAUGUCUGAAAACAUGAGAGCAGCUGUUAGGGAAGUGGCAAGAAGUUUCCCAACUGCUAUUGUAAGCGGGAGAUGCAGAGAUAAGGUGUACAGCUUUGUACAAUUAAGGGAGUUGUACUACGCUGGGAGCCACGGCAUGGACAUCAAAGGACCUGCCAAACAGCCCAAGCACACGAAAGCUAAGGCAAAAGCACUUCUCUUUCAACCAGCAAGUGAGUUCCUACCCAUGAUAGAUGAGGUUUAUGAAGCAUUGGUCAAGAAAACUGAAUCAACACCGGGGGCCAAGGUAGAGAAUAACAAGUUCUGCGUAUCAGUUCACUUCCGCUGUGUCGAUGAGAAGAAAUGGAGCAUACUAGCCGAGCAGGUUAGAUUAGUGCUCAAGGACUACCCUAGACUCCGGCUCACCCAAGGAAGAAAGGUGUUGGAGAUUCGUCCGACCAUCAAAUGGGACAAGGGGAAGGCCCUUGAGUUUCUGUUAGAGUCUCUUGGAUUUGCCGACUGCAACGACGUGUUUCCAAUAUAUAUCGGAGAUGAUCGCACUGACGAAGAUGCUUUCAAG